AGUCUUGAUCUCUGUGACUGCUCUGCAGAGUCGGACGUGUUGUGUGCAGGAGCCUCUGGGAUAUACUCCUUACAAUGAAAAAGAAGAACAGGUUAAUCAAAUGGAUGUGGUGGAUUGUUGUUGUGUCAGCUUGCUUCUUGCUGGGCUUCAUCAUAGGCUGGUUUGCAAAGCCCACACCUCCAAACACUACAAACAACAGUGCUUCCAGCAAGUAUCUGAGGGAGUUUCUGGAUGAAAUGCAGGCAGACAAGAUCAGGGAGCACCUCAGGAAAUUUACACAACUCCCCCACCUGGCUGGCACAGAGCAGAACCUGAGAUACGCAGAGCAGAUAAAGGAAGAGUGGCUGCAGUUUGGACUGGACUCAGUUGACAUGGUGCCCUAUGACGUCCUGUUGUCCUAUCCCAACAAAUCACAGCCAAAUUACAUCGCGAUAGUCGAUCAGCUUGGCAGUGAGCUUUUUAAAACAUCCUUGGCUGAACCAGUUCCAGAAGGUUAUGAAGAUAUUUCUAACAUUGUGCCUCCAUACAGUGCCUUCUCUGCCAAAGGACAACCUGAGGGGGAUUUGGUGUAUGUGAAUUACGGUCGUACAGAAGACUUCUUCCAGUUACAGAGGGAGAUGGGUAUCAAUGUUACUGGGAAGAUUGUCAUUGUCAGAUAUGGGAAAAUAUUCAGAGGCAACAAGGUGAAGAACGCCAUUUUGGCUGGAGCAAAGGGGAUCAUUAUGUUCUCAGACCCAGCAGAUUACUGUGCUGCUGGAGUCCAGCCUUACCCUGAUGGCUGGAACCUGCCCGGUGGAGGAGCUCAGAGAGGGAAUGUCCUCAACUUGAAUGGAGCAGGAGACCCACUCACACCAGGGUAUCCAGCUAAAGAAUAUAUCUACAGAUUCAGUCUUGAACAUGGAGUGGGACUUCCCAAGAUUCCCGUUCAUCCAAUUGGCUACCAUGAUGCGAUUCACCUGCUGAAGAACAUGGGAGGACAGAUUCCACCCAACAACUGGAAAGGAGCUCUGAAUGUCUCCUACAGGAUUGGUCCAGGCUUUACAGACGACUUCAAGAGCCAGAAGGUGCGUAUGAACAUCCACACUGACAAUCGGGUGACCAGGAUCUACAAUGUCAUUGGCAGGAUAAAAGGAGCUCUGGAGCCAGACAGGUAUGUGAUUCUGGGAGGACACCGGGAUGCCUGGGUGUUUGGAGGAAUUGAUCCCAUGUCUGGUGCUGCAGUGGUCCAUGAAACUGUGAGGAGUGCUGGCGGGCUGAUCAGUAAAGGCUGGAGGCCGAGAAGGACUAUAAUAUUUGCCAGUUGGGAUGCAGAAGAGUUUGGACUGCUGGGGUCUACUGAAUGGGCAGAGGAUAAUGCCAAGCUGCUGCAGGAGAGAGCUGUGGCCUACAUCAACGCAGACUCUGCCAUUGAGGGCAUGUACACACUGCGAGUUGACUGCACUCCGUCGCUACACACUUUGGUGUACGACCUCACCAAGCGGAUAACCAGUCCAGAAGAAGGAGAAGAGGGAGUUUCUCUGUACGAGAGUUGGCAUAAGAGAGACAACUGGACGAAUGACCGUGAUGCACCCAGGAUCAGUAAACUCGGGUCAGGCAGUGAUUUUGAGGCCUUUUUUAUCCGUCUGGGAAUUGCUGCAGGCAGAGCCAGAUACACCAAGAACAAGAAAACAGAGCGGUACAGCAGUUAUCCAGUCUACCACAGUGUGUAUGAAACCUUCGAGAUAGUGGAGAAGUUUUACGACCCUUCAUUCAAGAGGCUUCGGUCGGUGGCCCAGGUGAGAGGUGGGCUCAUCUUCCUGUUGGCUGAUUCAGAGGUCCUCCCUCUGGAUGUCAACCAAUAUGCAGACUCACUGAGGAGGUACGCACAGAGCAUCGCUCAGCUGGCACGGAAGCACCCAGAGGAGAUGAAGAUGUAUGAGGUGUCGUUUGACUCUUUGUUUUCUGCUGUGGAGAACUUCACCAUUGCAGCCAGGGACUUUCAUGAGCGCCUGCAGACUCUCAACAGAGCAGAUCUUCUGCAGGUACGCAUCAUGAAUGAUCAGCUCAUGUAUCUGGAAAGAGCCUUCAUAGACCCACUGGGCUUACCUGGCAGACCCUUCUACAGGCAUGUGAUUUUUGCCCCCAGCAGCCACAAUAAAUAUGCAGGGGAGUCUUUCCCUGGGAUCUAUGAUGCAUUGUUUGACAUUGAGAACUCAGCUGACCCAGAGAAGGCCUGGGAGGAAGUCAAGCGUCAAAUCAGCAUUGCAGCCUUCACCGUUCAUGCUGCUGCCAUGACCCUAACACCACCUGCAUGAAGCACACUGAAACAGUCUGAAGCCACGUAACUUAUCUCGUUAUAACACCAGAAUGUGAAGAGAAGGAACACGCGAUCUGCAACAUGCACAAAAAUGGAUGAUCUCCGUUAUCUGCACCAGCCACUCUCCAGGAAUGUCCAGAGCUCAUCAAUGUGUUGUGUUUUGUUAUGUUGUGGCAGAAAAGAAAUAAUUUAUGUUUUUUAAUGUUUUCUUUUUGUAUGAGUUUUGUAAUGAUAGUCUCUGGCCACAACCUGGCCAAAUAAAAUCAAUCCACCUUUA